CAAGCUGUUAAGUUUGAGAAGUUAUGUCGCAAAAUAUUAUGUCAUGUCAUUUCCUGCGUACAGGUUUGAGACACAAAUGACGACUGAAAAUGACAUAACAAACAAUAAGAAGACGAUAAUGGAUGGUUGUAAACUACUUUUUCAUAUAGUUGAAUCAAUUGUCAAUGUCUAUACCGUUGAAGUUAUAUGGAGGUGAUAUCACAGCAUCAGUGCCAGAAGAAAUCGCAUACAGCCUAACUGAUGCUUCAAAUUUCAGAGAAAUCCCUGAUACUCAAGAAGCUUUCAUAGUGUCAAAUGCAUCGACUUCCGCUAAAUAUGAAAAAUCUUUAAUAUUUGAUUUAUUGGAAUAUGUCGAUAACGAAGAUUAUAAUCAAGCCAUUGCCACUCAUAUAGAAGAUCUAGUGGAUACUGAUGAAAGUGUCUCAAAUCAUUUUAUAGAACAGGUCAAAGAUGCUGAUGGUCAGCAAGUAUACAUCAGUUUAAUAGAAUAUAAGAACAAAAGAAGAGAUGCCAAGGAUGAUGAUUCACCAACAAAUUAUAUAACUUACGUGAGUUUAAUACGAAUGAAGAAAGUUGGAACUGAUGCUUUGAUUACUUUAAAUAUCCCAUUAGCAUCUGAAAUAGAAAUAUCAGGAUUAUUAAAUAGUCUUAAACUGAAUCAAUCAAGUUCAGAUCAAACUAUAGUUUCAUUAAGACAAACUUAUGAUUGGUUCAAUGAGUUGAGUCAUACUUAUCAAGUGUUAGAUGGCAGCUUAUUCGGUUAGA